AUGGUUCUUCAAACUCGCGCUGCAUCGUCUAACACCUCUGCGUGUGUAGAGAGCGAAGAUGACGCUCUCUCUUACAUGUCUGGACCUGAGAAUGACCCUUCUCUCGCCUCUGGCAAGCCUGACAUCACGGCAAUGGUCAAGGCGACUAUGGCCGACGUUCCCAAGGCUGCGCUUCGCUUCAAAGUUACGGUCCCAAAGAUCGUUGAGAAGCAAGCAAGCGAAAGAGCCAAACGACAGGCUGCGAAGCAGAAGAAGGACCAGUCAAAGCAGAAGGCCACCACAAAAGGGAAAAAUGCUAUUACGAAGAAGGCGACUCCAUCGUCUUCCAAGCGCAAAGUUUUAGGCGACGUAUCUGAAUCAGACACCGGGGAUGUGCAGGAAGAGGUACAACCGCGGAAGAAGGCAAAGCCGUCUGUGAAAGAAGAUGAUGAGGACGUUGUCGAAGCUCAAGAAAUGUAUGAAAUUACUGCAUACAUUCUCGUAGAAAAGACUCUGCCGCCGCCGCAGAGAGGAUCCCGCGCUGCAAAAGUUGCGGAGGCUGAUAAGUAUCUCCAGCGUGGACCCUUCAAGUUCAAGAGUACCGAUAGCUAUUCCACCUUCCUCGUUGCAAUCUCAAAUGCCCUCCCUUGUCCGGUCUUGAACAUCCUCCAAGAUAAGAUUACCUGGAAGCCACAGAGCCCAAAGAACGCCACAGCGCUUCUCCUUGGAGGUGCGACGGGGUAUCCUGCCCUCAUUGAAACAUUCCGCAACAAGAAGCCGGCUAUUGUCAUGUUGACCAUGCCACCGCCGUCAAAGCCAGCAGAUAAGCCUGAAUGGGAUACCGGUGAGGGCAAGCAAACUGACAAGGAAUUUGAUUACUCCAAUCUUGAGCUUCCGUCAACCGGUCAACAUGUUGUUGAGCAGCGUAUUCAAUUCGACAAAGCAGUUGGGCCAUUCAAGCAGGAACUCCUCGCGAAGUAUCCUAUUGGAAAUAAUGCGCUUUUCCCCCAGAAACGAAUUUAUGCCGAUAAGAUGGGCAGUUACUGGGACUUGACUGACCUUAGGAUUGGUGUUUGGGCUUCGCAUCUCGCUCGUGGAACAGCCACGUUAGAUUCGCCACCAAUCUCGAACCAAUUUGACCAGGCCGGCCGCAUACAUCCUCCGCGUGCUUCGACAGCCAGCAUUCCGCGUGAAGCAGCUGCUCCUACCAUCGCCCUGACCCCCACAGCGCUUGCUGCCGCUGCUAUUCCUGCACCCGCUCCUGCACCUGCACUUGCUGCUACUCUGACGCCUGCACCUGCCACUACUGCUGCCACUCCUUCGCUUAUGGAACUGAUCAUGAUCAACAUGCUCCAGCAACAACUGUCAUCAUCAAACGCUAAUCGUCUUGGUACUUCAGCCAUCGCCUUUCCUCCUUCUGCUGCACUUCCGCCUGCAACUGCAUCUGCUCUCGCCAUUGUCCCAGACAUCUCUCAUGAGCCAGCUGAGCCUCGCCGUGCUAUUCCGAACAUUGAACUGACCGCCUUCUGUUCUCGCUACGCUAUUGACGACGUUGAUCGAAAACGCCUCGAAAAACUCGAAUUCCGGCCCGGUGAUGAUAUUGAGCAGCUUUCUCCUGCCGAAUGGCGUGACUUCGCUGGUUUUCUUCAACUUUCUUGGUCCCGCAUCAUUCGCAAAAAUAAAGACUUUCUCUUGGACAUCAAGGCUGGUGUCUGGAAGGACAACUAA